UUGGGCGUGGUUUGAAGCACGCCCACCGGCUCGUGCCUAUUCUUUUCUGCGGCGUGAUCGUCGCACGCGCCGCUUGUCUCCGCCUGAGCGCGCGAUGCGGAACAGCUCUGGGGGCUGAAGAGCGAUCCUGAUACCGGAGAGCGCGUGCACUUCACCCGGUAACGCUCAUCACGGGCGCGCGCGCGUGCUGGAGCCGUGACCAUGCGCCUCCAUUUAGAAGUUCAUUUGCAGAUCCUCCUGGCUGUUGGCCUGGCCAUCAUCUGCUUCUGUCUUGUGCUGGGCUGCAUUAUUUGUUGGCGUCGCAAGAAAUCCUACUCUUCUGACGCUAAAGAGGAGGAGUUUUACCUACAAUCUGCCACGUCAGAUCACGUGACUGUGACUCUCAGCUCGUCCCCGUCGAUCAAAAUUCUUCCAGUUAAACAGCAGUAUGAAGAGUUGGAUGGUGAUGUAUUGGACUAUCCAUUAGAGGCCAGCAGCUUUACACCAUCCGAUGACAGCCAGAGCAGUUUCCCGCACAUCUCAACCAGCUUGAAAAGCCCUCAGAAAUCUCGAUUCGCCCUCCGUCGCCUAAGCACCCCCUCCGCCCCCUGUUCUCCGUUUAAACCCAAUGUUCAUGGGCGAGCCUCCCUCCCGAGUAUCCCUAAAAUUAGCCUAGGGUCUAAAACACGCCGCGCUCUGGAUCGUCGCUCAACGGUGAUUGGAGACAGCUUUCUGACAGGUUCCUAUCCCGAGCAUUUGCCAUCUAUCCAACAGGGGGAGCUAUCUCCAUCUCAAUACAGCACCAGCCAGAGCUCCAGACGCAGCUCUAUCACGAACAAGCAACCUCCUACGGUUCAGUUCUCCUUGCUGUUCUGUCCAGCAGAUGGCACCCUCACAAUCACAAUCCUCAGUUUGCUCAAGGGCUCCAGGAGGCUCAGUGGUGCCAUGGUGCGAGCCAGCCUGCCCCCACUGUGCCCUGCUGCCCUGCAGGCAGUACCAUCACGCAGAAACAGCCUGAGCCUAGAACCUCAGACUCAGGUGUAUACUCUGAUGGUUGGAUCCGUAGAAGAGCUCCGGACCUGCACUCUCAAACUGGCCGUGUACGGUAAAGAUUUCUCAGGCCUCCGAGAGACACCGCUUGGUGAUCUAGAGCUCAACUGUAGUGAGAUGGACUGGGAGCCCGAUACCACCAUCACCUACGCCCGCCAGCUGAAUCCUGCUAGGAGGCGAGCAAAAAAGAGCCACAGUACUCAAGAGCCCUUGGGCACGUUGAGGACAUCAGUGUGCAUUUCCAAGCCUUUGGGUCAACUUUUUAUCCUGCUUCAGUACCAGACUCAAGCCCAUCGGAUUAAAGUGAUGGUGCGCAAAGCUGAAAACCUUGCCAAGCUGACUCGAAUGCCUGGGGCUGCAGAUCACUACAUCGUCAUCAACCUGCGUCAGGGGGGGAACGUGAUCAGUACUAAAGAGACGAAAGGGGCUAGUGGACCUAACGCCGUGUGGAACGCACCGUUCCUGUUCGAUUUACCACCUGGUGACAUCAUCAGACUGCCUCUGGUCCUGGAGUUCAUCGUUAUGCAGGGACGGCUCUACACAAAAAGUAGUGUACUCGGUCGUGUUCUGAUUGGCUCUGAGGGCCCGGAGGAAGGGCAACAGCACUGGAAGGAGAUGUGCAGCCGAGGGCAGGUGGAAACAGCACGAUGGCACACACUCCUCUCAGAUACACCCUAAAGCCAACUCAAAAUACUGGACAUCAUUUAUAACAGUGGGGUUUCUCAUCUCCAGCAGCAGCAGCAGCAUUUUAUUGGGACUCAUCCAGUGAUAAAGGAUGUAUUUAUUAUUGUGAUUGCAGUAUUUAUUCAUACAAAGUGUUGCAAAUGAUUUUAUUUUUACUAUAAUACUUUUCAAUCCACUUUCAUUUCAUUUGUGUAGUGUUUUUCAGUGUUGUCAUGAAGCCAGUGGUAACAAGAAGGAAAAAGGAUAAGCUACUGCCUAGAGAGAAAGCAAUUGUGGUCAUUUCUAAAAUAAUGUUUAGUUUUAUUAUGAAUAACUGAUGAAUAUGUAGUAUGAAAAGUCUAUAUGUUGUUUUCUUC